UGGAUGUCCCAUGGCCAGACGGAGGCGUCCAUAUACCAACAAGCUGAAAACGGAAAGACAGAGUUGUCUCUCAUGCAUUUCACCAUCAAGAACCCCCGCUGGCAGCCGCCUCAGGAGAGCUCGGUGUUCAUCAGCCAUCUGAAGGAGAAGGUGCACCACGACGCUCAGGGCGGCCCCUCCACCCAGCUGCUGCUCUCUGAGGCCCCGCUCUGCACCUCGCUGCAGUCCAACGGCUCCGGCGCUGCGCCUGAUAAUCUGCUGGCCAGUGUCUUGGCUCACCCUGUUCUAACUGCGUCUGGACUACAAGGGCGGGACCACCGCUUCGUCCCCCCCAGCACCGCUGCUUCUGCCGCUGCCAGUGUCCUGGCCUCUCUGUCCACCUCCCAGCUCCCCCACAGCAGCCGCAGCCGCUCCCACAGCCUCCUGAACUCUUCCGUCCAACCCGAGACCAUGUACCGCAGCGACCGCACCAUCAUUGACAGUAUGUCUAACAGUGACAUCCGGGGCAAUACUCUGAACUCAGAGUUUGCCUCAGCAGAGAUGAGUCUCCAUGCCAUCUACAUGCACGAGCUCCACCAGCAGAGCUCCCACCCACAGAGAGCUUCAGGGCAGUGGCAGAACCCAGUGCCAAUGAGAGAUCUGCACACUAACAGUGGUAAAUGAAAACCUUGUUUUACGAAGAACUUGCAGC